UCCUUCCUACAUAUUCCUUUCUAACUGACACGAAUGGAAACGAUCCAUUUUCUGGCAUAUUUCCCGAAAAGCCAGGUAAUCAUGUAGCAAAGCAUCAGAAUAAAGAUGAACCGGUAGACUUAAAAUCACCCUGGGAAAAUGGUGAAGUUUAUUGUUUAGAUGUCCUAACACCUACACCAGGUAUAAUACUCAAUCCCAACGAUCGUGCAUGGAUUCGUUGGCAGAAAACUAAAUCCUGUAAUCCUUUAACUCCACUUUCAACCUUCGAAAUAAAAUUACACGGUUCACCAAGUGUUAAAGGCAGUCUUAAUGGUAAAUUAACAUUGAAUGAAGAGUAUUCAGCUCCAAUUGCAUCGAAUAUUACGAAAAUGGAAUAUGAAUGGAUCGCUCCCGUUAUACCAUUUAAAGAUGUUAAAAAUAAUACUGCAUAUUAUAUAAAAGUUACUACCCAAGCUUUGUUAGACUCUAAUGGUGUGGAAGCUACGGUAUUCGGUCUUACCGGUCCAAUUACCAUUACUAGGAAAGCGACGACUGCUCCCAAAACUUAUUUUUCUCCAAUUAAUGUGACAAAUACUAGUGACAAAAUGAAUAAGACAAAUUUUGAUGAUAUGAAAAAAGGACAACAAACAUCAAACUGUGUGGCAACAGAACUGUUAACGUUUGAAUUACUUGAAGUAUUCUCUUGUUUCCAACAAUUUUUUCCUUUAACUUUUAAGAAAUAUUACAAAAUUGGAAAAACAUUAGGAUCGGGAACUUAUGGUUCGGUUAAGGAGGCUACCAAAACAACUACGGGUCAACGAUUUGCAAUUAAAAUAAUUGAUAAAAAAAAAGUACGAAAUCAAGAAUCAAUGGUUGAAAAAGAAAUGACUAUAUUAAGUGGAUUGGAUCACCCGAAUAUAGUAAAAUUUUAUGAUUGGUUUGAAUCAAGAGACAAAUAUUACUUGGUAUUUGAACUAGCAACGGGAGGUGAGUUAUUUGACAGACUGGUCGAACGCGGUAAAUUCACCGAGGCUGAUGCGGUUGAAGUUAUCAGGACUGUACUUGAUGCAGUUAAAUAUCUUCAUGAGCACCAUAUUGUGCACAGAGAUUUAAAACCAGAAAAUCUAUUGUAUAAAAAUAAAACCGAGGAUUCACCUCUUGUUCUUGCCGAUUUUGGUAUUUCUAAAGUAAUAGCCGAUGAUAAUGAUCUUAUGACAACUCAUUGUGGAUCACAGGGAUACGUAGCACCUGAAAUUCUUAAAAGAACUGCAUACACUAAAGCUGUAGAUUUGUGGAGCAUUGGGCUUUGCGGUUAUCUCCCAUUUCGCUCAGAAGAUCGUUAUGCAUUCUAUGAUGAAGUUACUAAUGCUCGUGUAAGAUUCGAGCCACGAUUCUGGAGAAACGUGUCUGAAGAUGCCAAAGACUUUAUUCGCAGUCUUCUUACGUUAGAUCCUGAACAACGUCCAUCAGCGAAAGAAGCCUUAAAUCAUAAAUGGAUGAGUGGUGAAAAUGCGAUGGAAGUGGAUCUAAUGGCCAAUUUUGAUGCUCUUAAAACCUUUCGCAAAGCUGUUGGUGCUGUACAAGCUGCGGCUCGGAUUCGACGUGAUACUGGUCUGGGCAAAAAGUUUCAAGAUAUGUCUUCGGAUGAUGAAUCCAAUCCUAAUGAAAACAAUGAACCCAUCCAACAUAGUACAGUCGUUGAAGAACAUAGCGACAGUUUUAGUGACUUUUCUAAUAAUCCAAAGCACGCGUUUGUUUGA